UGGCGCAUCGUUUCGCCACCCUGUGUUUCUUGUUUCUCGACCGGCCGCCGCUGCCCGCUGUCGCACAGUAGCCAACACGUAGCGGCGCCUUCCACAUCGCGCGACAACCCGCUGCCCGAAUGAUGGACUCGCUGCUCCUCCACCUUGUCCCCUCUAUUGUCGACCAGAAAAUGGCUAGCCUCAUGCACCUGGUCGUCCACAAUUACAAUGAACUCAUACAACAUAAAAAACACCCCCUGGUGGACCAGUGGCUGCUGAUGGACUCCCCGGUGCCGCUGCUGCUCAUCCUGGGCUUCUAUCUCUACUUCGUGCUGAAGCUGGGGCCCGCGCUCAUGGCCCACCGCAAGCCCUUCGAGCUGCAGAAAGUGCUCAUCUUCUACAACGCCUACCAGGUCGUGUUCAGCGUGUGGCUAUGCCUAAUGCCAGUUCGAGUGGGAGCGAUGGAUUAUCUUUUUAAGCAUGUCUGUCAACCGAUGGAACACCGAAAUCCAUUUGCGUACCAGGUGUCGAGUGGGGCCUGGUGGUACUUCUUCUCAAAAAUUAUUGAGCUGCUAGAUACGGUAUUCUUUGUCCUGCGGAAGAAACAAAGCCAAGUGACUUUCCUACACGUGUACCACCACACAAUUACUGCACUUUUCUCUUGGGGAUACCUCAAGUUUCUGCCAGGUGAACAAGGCGUCGUUAUUGGAGUGCUCAAUUCUUUCGUGCACGUGUUCAUGUACACAUACUACUUGCUGGCAGCCCUCGGCCCUCGCUAUCAGAAGUACCUUUGGUGGAAAAAGUACAUGACUUGGAUCCAGCUCGGGCAGUUUUGCAUCAUGUUAAUGUACCUGCUAUUCCUUUUGGCCUACGACUGUGAGUUUCCUAAGGCGCUGACAUUCUUCUUCGUAGGAAACGUGGUGAUCUUCCUGUACCUGUUCUUCGACUUCUACAGAAAUGCGUACAAGAAACGCGCCUGACAUUUUAGUCCACACAGCGCAUAAGCUUCACAGAUGCCAGCUUUAAGCAAACUUGAGAAGUGUGCUGUAUCUCCCAUUGUAAAUAGUCCCAUCGCAUGUGUAUCGGUUAGAAGCUAAGUACGAAUCACUUUCACCUCUGCUAUACUGAUUCAUUUCUCUGUUAACAUUUGGUCAGUAUACAGAACACUCAUUUCUUUAAGUGUGCCGUAUUUAUUGCUAUCGGCUUUCGUAGGAACUGGUCCACAGAAUGUGUUUUACGCCUUAUAUAUAUUUCUUCUACUAUCAGUAAUCUUUCACCCGUCUCAGGUCUGAGAAUUGAGAGGUUGACAAGUGAAAGGAUACAUGUCAUUUAUCUGGACAGAAAUUGUAGCCUCUGUGGUAUCAAGAUGUUCUGUCUCUCGGAAGAGUGUCAGUGCCGUGUUACAAACACAAGAAUAAACGAAGACAAUGAAAACAUUAAUGAUACUUGGUUGUACGUCUUUCAGCUUAUACACACAACCACUGGUUCCGAAACUUAUUUUUAAACAUAAGAAUAAAAAUUCUAAAUCUUUAUUCAGCAACAUUUCUGAUGAUCUGAAUGAGUGAGCGGAACGUUCAUUUCCGUUAUUCAUUUUAGUUGUGACCAACGGAUAAGUUUACAUGUUCUGAGACAAACACUUCUAGAAAAUAAUAUGACACUGAAGAGAACGUAGUGUUGUAUAAACACACACGCAUUUAUUGUGUCUGACAGAUUCUCAUGUUAAUAAUUAAUUUAUUGUUGCUGAUUUCAUAUGAUUGCAAUCAUAUUAACUUGACACUUGUUCAUAUAAAUUCAUUAUGAAGAGUAUGUAUGAGAAGUUCGGUGUUUCCGACAUUUGCAACAGAACUGUUUCUAUGCCAGAACUAUUACAUUUUUGAAAGUAUUUAAUUUUUUCAAACUUCAUGUGUAUCUCAUUUCAUAUAAUGUACAACAAAUAAAAUAUUAAAAGCCUGAAACCUAAA